CACAAAUUUAUUCCACAAUUUCACUUUUAAUAAAAAAGACUACUUCAACUUUCUUCUACACUUUUCACGGGCGGAACCAGGGGCGAGCCGGUGGCGCCGCGGGCCGGCGGACCUCCCAGAUGCAAAGAGCGAGAGAGAAUCAGGGGCACAGCUUUGUUUUUAUUAAUUCAAUACACAAAACGACGUCGUUUAAUAAAGUGCUUACGAAAUGGUUAAACGGCGUCGUUUCGUUCAAAAAUUGAUAUGCACGCUUGAGUCUUGACCUUCCGAUUCUGGGUCGUAAAACAACACCCUCGCCGGUCGCGUCUGCAACUCCAGCCGGCCGCCUAUCCAGGCGCCAGUCGCAGCCUUGCAGAGCCGCCGCGACGCCUCUGGUCUCCCUAGAAUUUUUUUUUUGAUCAGGGCAUCAGGCAUCUCCGACGCAAUCACGCAGCACUGGGCAGCAGCUCCAUUAUUUAGCAUGACAAAGAUGAUGGUGGUGGACCAUGGGAAUAAUGAGUCCGAGGACAGAAAAAGUGUUUCUUUUGCGCGUACCUCAACCAGCUCCAGCUCUUCACGGACCAGUCCAUCUUGUUUCCCCCAGCAACUGGAAAUUGACAGUGGAAAUGAAUCAGUAUCAGAAGCAGGAGAUAUUGGGGACAGGGCACUUAGCAGCAAUAGGUACAGUCAUAGUGGUAGGCUGUUUUUUUCAGUUGAGAAUGCAGCAGAAAGUGGUCUAGUUGUACCUAUUGCAGAGGAAGGGGUGUGGUCCCACACUGUCUCUCCUUUACCAGCUGAUGCGAUCAUAAAAUCUGGAGAUGGAACAAAGAAUUCCAAUGAAGAGGUGCCAUGGUGGUUGGAAUAUAUUUCAAGCCUAUUGUUUCUGGCUGUUUUCGGAAUAUUAGGGGUAUUGCUGAGGUAUGCUCUUGAGCUAUUGUUUGGGCCAGGAAAUGUGGGCGCUACGAGUGAUCAAAGCUAUAUGUAUCUUGAUCUUCCUCCUAAUAUGGUUGGUUCAUUUUUAAUGGGGUGGUUUGGAGUGGUUUUCAAAGCAGAAAUUUCCAAAAUUUCGGAGCAGCUGGCUAUUGGAUUAUCAACUGGUUUUCUAGGAAGCCUUACUACGUUUAGUGGUUGGAACCAAAAGAUGCUUGAUCUUAGUGUCGAAGGUCGAUGGGUUUUUGCAAUGCUUGGCAUUCUUCUUGGAUUGUUUCUCGUUGCCUACUCCAUCAUUUUUGGUAUUGAGACUGCAAAAGGUGUUCGACUUGUUUUGAAAAGAGCGAAUAUAAAUCCAAGCUCCUGGAAGGUGAAUAGUCUCAAACGGCAUUUGGCAGUCUCAGUAACGUUGCUACUUACUCUGGCUACUCUAUGGAGUGUGUGUAUAGCCGAGGAAAUAAAGGUAUUUAAAAAGGGAAACAGCGAAUCCCGACUGUGGUUGGGAUGCCUUGUUGGACCAUUUGGUGUUUGGAUCAGGUGGUUCUUAGCACGGUUGAAUGGCCGUGGUUUUGGAAAAUCAGGAUUGUUGAAAUGGGUACCGUUUGGCACCUUAAUUGCCAAUGUCUCUGCAGCCUGUGUCAUGGCCUCACUAGCAGCCUUGAAGAAAGCUGUGAAAACAAAGGACUGUGAUACGGUGGUUGCUGGCGUUCAGUUCGGGCUGCUGGGUUGCCUUAGUACAGUGUCUACCUUUGCUGCUGAAUUUCAUGCCAUGAGAGAGAGCAAACAACCUUGGAGAGCAUAUGCAUAUGCUUUUACUACAAUUAUCUCAUCUUUCAUCCUAGGGACUCUAUUAUAUUCUGUACCAGUGUGGGUGAAGGGUUAUUACUGAUUCACCAAGUUUGUAUAGAAUGAUCAAGUAAAGCUCAACUUUGAAAUAAUCAUAUCAAUGUUAUUUAAAAUAAG